GCCGAAACGCGGCCUUUCUCCAGCCGAUGGUGCCGUGAGGAAGAAGAGGGGUUCUUUAACUCUUCCCCUCUGCAAAAGGAGGGCUCUCUCUCCGUCCGCUUCCAAACCCCCGUCUUCUGCGCUUCUCCCCAUCUCAAACCAGGCCUACGACCGCAGACAUCAUGACUAUUGCCGAAGGUGCCUCGUCUAGUGGCACCGCUCCCGCGAACCCCGAGCAUGGUGGUCGCUUCGAGCUAGACGCUCUGGUAGUCGGAGGUGGCUUCUCGGGCUGCUAUAUGCUCCAUAAGCUGCGUGAUGAGCUCAACCUAAACGCGAAGCUCUUCGAAGCGGGCACCGCACUAGGCGGCACAUGGCACCGCAACCGGUACCCGGGCGCUCGCGUCGACGUGGCCGUCCCAGGGUACGAGUACUCGAUGGAACAGAUCUGGAACGACUGGAAGUGGACGGAGAAGUACCCGGGGCAGGCAGAGCUGGAGGCCUACUUCAACCACGUCGACAAGACACUGUCUCUCAGCAAGGACUGCUACUUCAACACUGAAGUGUGCGACGCCCGGUUCGACACCGAGAGCGCGACUUGGACCAUCAGCACCAAGGACGGCAAAUGCGCGCGCGCGAAGUACCUCAUCGUUGCGGUUGGCUUCGCUGCGAAGCAGCACGUCCCUGACUGGAAGGGCCUGGACACCUUCGCCGGUGACAUCUACUACUCUGCGAACUGGCCAACGGAGCAUGUCGACGUCCGCGGUAAGCGGGUCGCUGUCAUUGGUACCGGGUCGACUGGUAUUCAGAUUAUUCAGGAGUGGGCUAAAGAUGCGGCCGAGACAACUGUCUUCCAGCGCACGCCGAACACCGCGCUCCCCAUGUGCCAGUCGGUGCUUCCGCCGGGUGUGCAAGAAGACAGAGCCAGCCGGUUGCAGAUCUUCGAAGACAACAAGAUGACCAACACGGGACUGGAGAUAUCACCCAUCCCGCAGAACACGAUGGAUGUGUCGCCCGAGGAGCGCCUGGCGACGUACGAGCGGCUGUACGGCGGCGGUGGGCUGUGGUUCUGGAACAUAAACUACCAGGACCUGUUGGUAGACCCUGUCGCGAAUCGCGAGGCGUACGAUUUCUGGGCGAAGAAGACUCGGGCGAGGAUAAACGAUCCGCGCGCGCGUGAUCUGCUGGCUCCGCUGGAACCAUUGCAUCCGUGGGGCGUGAAGCGGCCGUCGCUAGAGCAAAAUUACUACGAGCUGUUCAACAAGCCUAAUGUGCGACUUGUGAGCACCCGCGAAAGCCCUAUCGUCGAGAUCCGGCCCAACGGUAUCGUGACAGAGGGUGGGCAGCUGUACGAGGUGGAUAUGAUUGCCGUCGCGACGGGAUUCGAUACCGUGACGGGCGGGAUCAAGGAUGUGGGGAUCAAGGACAAAUAUGGGUUUGACGUCGCCGACCAGUGGAAUAAGCAGGGGGUGCGGACCCACCUCGGGAUGAUGGUCGGUGGGUGUCCGAACCUGUUCAUGCCGUAUAGUGCGCAGUCGCCAUCUGUGUUUACGAACGGCCCGACAUCGAUUGAAUUCCAGGUGCGGUGGAUUGCUGAUGUCAUUCAGAAGAUGCGGGAACUUGGAGUACGCGCAGUCGAUGUAAGCAAAGAGUCGGAACAGGCGUGGAAAAAGGAGGUUACAGAGAUUGCGAAUAUGACUCUGUUGCCUAAAGCCAAGUCGUGGUACAUGGGUGCAAACGUUCCAGGGAAGCCGGUGGAGCCACUGUUUUAUCUUGGUGGGAUGCUGCUGUACCGCGAGAGGUGUCUGGAGACUUCUCGUGGGGAACUUGAUGGUCUUGUUAAGAUGUGAAAUUAUAGAUAUGUUGGAGGUGAUUGGAUCUGGCCUGUAUUUUCAGGAUUAUUGCACUAAUGCUAGUCGAAUUUGGAUUCCUGAUGUAAAGUGUAGGCUGUAUCAUGGGCGAUAAACAUGCUUGUAAAGUGUUUUCCGUGAAUACAUAUAUCACGCGGCUCGUUGCGACGCGCAAACCCAACUUAUCACGAACAUUAGGGUUCUGAAAGACCAGCCGUAACCAUAAGCCUUUUCUGGUACAGUCCGGUCCUCCGUCCACGAUU